UGAAGUCUCAUCGCAACCGGGAGAGAAAGGAAAGGCGCGACUCCGCCGUGGAGUCGUCAUCCAUAACCGAGACAAUCGGCAGAGCUUUUCGCCGAGACAUGUUUGAAGGUCUAGUUCGGCAGCUGCUGUUGGGGUACCUUGGCCGAUAUAUUCGCGAUAUUCAAAAGGAGCAGCUCAAGAUCACUCUAUGGAACGAAGAGGUAUUAUUGGAAAAUGUUGAGCUGAUUCUUGAAGCUUUUGAUUACCUCCAGCUCCCAUUUGCUUUAAAAGAAGGUCAUGUUGGCAAGUUGAGUAUUAGGAUUCCGUGGAAAAAACUAGGAUGGGAUCCUAUUAUUAUCAUUUUAGAGGAUGUAUUGAUAUGUGCCUCUCAACGAGAUGAACAAGAGUGGAGCAUGGAUGCCGUUAGAAGAAGAGAAUUUGCAGGCAAAAGGGCCAAACUUGCCACAGCUGAACUUGGAAAGCUAUCUAGACGUGUUUGUGAUAGUCAGGCCGGAAAAUCAUUUAUUUCAUACAUUACUGCAAAGAUUCUUGAGAACAUCCAAGUGUCUAUUAGGAACAUGCACAUUCUCUAUCGCGACAUGCAAACUGCUUCGGGAGUUACUGGGUUUGGUUUGAAGUUUUCAAGCUUGACAAUCAUGAAGCAGCACCUUUUUGGCUCUGGUGGGAAAGUGAGGGGAAGCCAUGUGAAUAAAAUUGUUGAAGUUCAAGGGCUGGAACUCUACUGCUAUACAUAUCAAGGGUCUGAUAAAUCAAGAAGUGUAGGCAAUUCUGUGGAUUCAAAAACUUGGGAGAGUGCAAUAUCUCAAGCUAGUGAGAAAGUUAAUUUAUUGGCCCCAUUGGAUGUUUCACUGUGCCUCUCGGUGAAUAGAUCUGCGGGCUUUGACAGCAGUACUCCACAGUAUUUAGUAAAUAUUCAGUUAAAAAGCAUGCUCAUUUAUGUGGAUGAGGUUCAAAUACAACAAGUCAUGAGCUUUUGUGAUUAUUUGCUGACAUCUCAAUUGCGAGAGAAGUAUGGGCGAUACCGUCCUUGGUGGAGCCCUCUGGAUAAAAAACUAAAAGGGUGGCAAAUUGCAUGGUGGCACUAUGCUUUAAAUUCUGUUCUCUUCGAUAUUCACAAGAGAUUAAGGAAAACUUCUUGGAAGUACCUUGGAGCGAGGCUAAAUAUUCGUCGGAAAUAUGUAAACUUAUACAAGACAAAACUGAAGUGCCUUCAACAAGAGCAGGUAAUUCCUGAAGACGUGAUACACAUGCUGGAAGAAAUAGAGAAAGAAUCAGAAAUUGAUGAGAUCUUAAGCUACAGAUCUGCUGCAGAGCGUGAACUGCAGGACAUUUUACUUGCACACACUUCUAACAAUGUGAAUACUAGUAAAUCUCUUGAAGACGAGCGCACAUUCAACAAGCCCCGUGGGUGGUUGAAUUGGCUAUCCCGUGGGAUGCUCGGGGCUGGUGGGACAGACGAUUCCAGCCAAUUUUCAGGCAUAAUCUCAGAUGAUGUACUCAAGGAUAUCUAUGAAGCAACUAAGUUUCAUCCGGUACAAACGGUUGAUGCGGAUGCUGCAGCAACUGAUAAAAUGUUUUUGUCAUCCAUCAAGUUCAGCAUUAAUCAACUUUCGGUUACUUUGCAGAGAAUGAAGUUGGGUUGUGCAAUUGCCCAUCUGACACUGAAUGAAAUGUCAGUAGAAAGUGAGAUUUGGGAGGAAGAGACAAGUUUUAAUGCCACUAUUUGCUCUUGUGAGAUGCUGAAUCCAAUCAACAAUGAACUCGUCUUAUUCACAAGGGUGGACCACGAUGGAGGCACAAUCAGCUUUCCACAGCCUCUUAUAAAUAUCCAUGCUGAUAUGCAUUCUCCACACAAAGCUGUCAACCUAUCAGUCAUAGUUCAGCCGCUUGAACUGACAUACAAUUCAGACUUCGUAAAUAACAUUCUGGCCCUUUUUCAUGUUGUGGAAGAGUUUGAAACUUUGAAUUACAGGAUUCUUUUAUCCAUGAAUGGGAUUGACAACAUCAAGUCAAGACUUCUAUCUAAAGUUGACUAUAUUUUAUCAAACCGCAAGAAGAUGGUGUGGGAUGUUAAUUUUGCAACCAUUGUCAUCAAGAUUCCAUGGGGAAAAGCAAAUUUUGAAGCGCAUAAACUGGUAUUGGAUGUUGGUGAGUUAUCUAUUGUCUCUAAGAACAAUAAGGGCUUUGUAAUGGCAACUUCUGAUUUAUUGGAUGAUUUUAUUGAGGGUUAUCAACUUCAAGAUUUAUACGAUCACUUCGAGGUCACUAUAAGCAACUUUCAGAUGAAUUUAUGGGCUUCUUGCUCUUAUGUGCCUCUCCCCAUUAUUGAAAGGUUUGAUGGUUCGCUUGCCUUGAAGUUGUGCAUUAUUCCAGAUGAAUCAGUCUUGAAAAGACUUGAGGUUGGCAUGGAAGUUUCAUCCAUUGUUGCUCAUAUUUCACCAUCUCUUCAUGGUUUACUUACAGAACUAAUAACAGAUUUUGUUCUGCCACAAUUUACACAACUUUCUUCCGACUCAUAUAUGCUUAGGAAAAGGCCCAGUGGAUUUGCUCCCUUGAAUAUCUUCUGGAUUUCUGCAAAUGCGGAUGUGAAAUCUGUUUCUCUUUUUAUUGAUCUUGAAAUUGAUGCUGGGAAUCCUUGUAGCCUCACACUCUCUUUUCAGGAGAUUGACAUUCGUGUUGAUAAAAGCAAAACUACGGAAUGCUGGAUUUCCAUUAAGACACUGGAUGUCAAAUGCCAUUCCAGUCAGAUUGAUGAAAAGGACAAUGUCUUGUGCUCAUCGAAAACAUUCUUGGGAGAUUCUGCUUGCCUCUAUAGCAAUGGAGAAAUUUGUAAUACUAAUUAUAAUAGUUUUGUCAUGGAGCAGUCCUUUCGGUUGCAUUACAAAGCUUGCAAUAGUUCAGAAAUGAUUUCACGUGAAUACGAGUUAUGCUUGAGUGGUCUUGAUGUUCACUGCUACCCUUUCAUUAUUGGGAAUUUGACUGUAUUUUUUGAUAAAAUAUCUGAAGCAUAUACCAGAGUUGAAAAUACUGCCAGAGCAAACAAUGAAAUAUCUCUUUCAAGCUCCUAUUUUCCUUGUGAAGAAUUUAUUGCCUCAAGCUUCUGUUCUACUUAUUCAAAAUGGGAUCCAUUGAAGCAGUCUCCUUUUAUUAUCAUGAAAAAACCUUGCUCUAUUUACAAUCCUGGGAGUCCACUUAUCUUUUCCUCCACUGAGCAGAGGAAGCUUCCGGAUCUAAGUGACCAUAAUAUCUGGAGUUCUGUAUUUAACUCUAGCAAGAGAUCUAAUGAGCAGAGUAUAUUUGCAUCUAAUCCAUCCUAUCAAUGUAUUGAUGACACUUCGAUGCACACCAUUAAUUUAGAUCUUCACGAUAUCAAAAUCCACUUUCAUGAUUCCUGUAGCAUUGUUGGAAGUGUUUCUUUACCUAAUGCUCGGUCAGCAUUUUCCAUUACUGAACAAUUUUUAGAUGUUGUUUGUUCUACCGAAGGAUUAAUCCUCUCUUCAUUAUGGUGGCCUCAGCAGACCUGUGAUUUUCUUUGGGGUCCGUUGACUCCUACUGUUUCUCCAAUUCUCAAGUUUUGCAUGAGGAAAGAAACUGCUAAAUCAAGGGAAUCUCUCCUGGAACUGAGCUUUGGCAUCCAGAAUGUGUCUUGUGUUCUACCUCCAGAAUUUCUUGCAGUCAUAAUAGGUUACUUUUCACUACCCGAUUGGAGCCCCACCCCGAGGAAACCACCUAUAGUUGAAAAUUCCAACCAUAUUGACUUGGUAGCCAAUACAUCAUCCAUCACAUAUAAUUUUGAGAUUUUAGAGUCAAUUUUGUUUGUACCUGUAGGACUGGAUGGGUACCAACAUCUAAAACUAGAUAUUCCACAGCUGUGUGGUAGUUUUAUUGGAAAUGUAGAUAUUGAGUUUGCCCUUAAGAAUAUUCCAUCAGAAUGUUUGGUCAAUGCUGAUGAUCUUGCUCAUAGAAACCAUUGCUUAAACUUGUUUGGGCAUGACCUGUCCCUUUCACUAUUAGUAAUAAAAGAUAUGCCUCCUUGCUCUGUCUCAUCCCAUAUUGUCAUGAAAAGGCACAUUACCUUAAUUUCCCCCCUAACAGCUAAAUUAUGGAUAAGAAUACCAUCUCAGUGUGAGCCUCCUGCAGCGGUAGCUUCUUGUCCGAUAUCCAUCACGGCUAUGGUGAAUGAUUGUCAACUUGCAGGUGUUUCAGUACUAGUUGCAUAUGAAGCGUUGGUGGAUAUCAUAAACCAGUUCUCCUUGACUGAGAAACGAUCCAAAGCAUAUAACUCAAAUACUUCUCAGUUUCUUGAAUUUGAGAGACGACUGAGGGAAGAUAAUGCAUCUCCACCUGCUUCCUCAUCGGAAAACUUAAUGAUUGUCAGUGCAUGUGUGAAGUCAAUGUCUUUGAGACUGCAUCAUACAAAAGGAGAUUCAGUCACUUCUGAUAUUAUUGCAGAGGCUAAUUUGCAGUUUACUUGCUCGGCUUUGUUUAGAAAUGACGAACUUCUAUGCCUAAAGAUUUCAUUUUCUGCCCUAUCGCUAUUUUCAUUUCUGAAUUCUGUUAUGCUGUUUGAAUGCACUCCGCAUUCUAGUUUUCCUGCUUUAAAGUUGACUUAUUCAAUAUCAAAAGAAAAUGAAUGUAGCCUUCUCCUUUACAUUCCUUCUGUAGAUGUUUGGCUUCAUACAUUUGAUUGGAGUGAGUUGGUUGACUUGGUUCAUUCUUGUGUUGGAGAACACCCUGCAUCUCAUACUUUGAGCAUCUCUCCAGAGAAUCUUACUUUUGUUCCUAUAGAUGAAGUUGGCACCAAGGGAAUUGAUACAUCAAGAAAUUGUCAUAGGAUUCCAAGCAGUCCAACAUGUCUCGAUUCUAAAAGUGUGAAUCCUUCUGCCCGAUUGUUUAGGAUUGAGCUGGAAAUUGCUGGUGCAACAGUUCAUAUUCCAGUUUGGCUGAGAAAUGAUGCAUUCAAUGUGUUUGAAGGAAACCACGAUGAUCCUCUGAAUGACUUGCAAAUCAUGAUUUAUGGAAAUCAACAUGGCUUUAUUGCAGUUACAUUGCAAAGAGGAACUGCGACACUGGUUCAGCAUGGGAAGAGUAUGAGGCUUGAAAUCUCUUUGGAUCAAAUAAAGGGGUCAGUGGAGCUCCAUGGGGAAGAUGAGUUGCAUAAUUUUCCUGUUUUUCAAUUGUUUCAAGUCAAUUUGGAUGCUGACAUUUCAUCUUGUCUAGUGGAUGAUAUCCGUGGGAGAUUGGAUUUUCAAUGUGAUAAUCUGGAUGUGUGGCUUUCGGAUCACAUGUUUUAUUUCUGGUGUUUAGGGAAAUUUCAAAAUCAAGCUGCUGGAACUUCUCAAUUCAUUAUCAGUUGCAUGGAUUCUAAAGUCCACUUAAGGAAGGCAUCUCUUAUUGUAACUAAUGGAAAGUUGAGUUCUGCUGGGCCUCUGCUGGAGUUUCUGAUCCGCAACUUACUACUUCACUCAAGGUUAAAUGAAAAAGACAUUGAGGCUUCAGUUGAGGGUGACAUACAAGCCAACUAUAAUAAUAUUGACAAGGUUUUCUGGGAACCAUUUAUAGAGCUAUGGAGUUUCAAUCUAUUCUUAAGCAGAAUACAUGACAAGACUUCUCUUAUUACUGAAGCUGCAACUGAAAUUCGUGUUGAAUCUACUUCUCAGCUUAACUUGAACAUCACUGAAUCCUUUAUUGAGGUUAUUUCUAGGACAGUUGAGGUGAUUAAAGAUGCUUGGGACACCAUUGAGAUGAGUACUAGUUCAGAAAGCUUGAGCUUAAAUGAUUAUCGUUUAAGUGCAAAUCUGCAUGGCAGAAGGCAUGCUCCAUAUGUACUGCAGAAUUUGACCUCGUUGCCCAUAUUUUUUGACGUACAUACUGGGGAAAAUGUCAGCAAUACUCUGGGAUUAUCAUUGACAAAAAGUGGAAAGGUUUUGCAACCUGGCUUUUCUGUACCUAUUGAUGUGGAAGAUACUCCAGACAAACUUGUACACUAUAACUACAUUCAGUGCCCAGAUAGACUUCGUGAGAGACAAUCAUCUAGUGCAGCACAUCAUUUUAUCUCUUUUCAACUUGAGGGAACAUCAAUGCCAUCCGGUCCUUUCUCAAUGGAUCUUGUAGGCAUGAGGUGCUUUGAGGUGGAUUUUUCAAAAACCUCGAGUGAAACUGGUUCAAUUACAAAUGGGGAUGCCUUGAAAAUAUGUUCAACAGUUGAAGGCGAAGCUAGCACAGAAUCAAAAGAUGGAUUUAUUGUUCCUGUGGUCAUCGAUGUAUCCAUACGGCCUUAUACAAAGAUAGUGCGAUUGUACUCAACGGUGUUACUGUCCAAUGCAACUUCUGUGCCACUUGAAGUACGGUUAGAUAUUCCAUUUAGUGUAUCUCCAAAGAUUCUGGACCCAAUAUAUCCUGGUCAGCAAUGUCCUCUUCCUCUACAUUUGGCUGAAGCAGGGCUAAUGAGAUGGCGUCCUGUUGGAAGUGCUUACUUGUGGAGUGAAGCAUAUAAUAUUCAGAAUAUACUUUCACAUGAGAACAGACUCAGCAUCUUGCGUUCCUUUGUUUGCUAUCCAUCUCAUCCAAGCAGUGAUCCAUUCCGUUGUUGCAUCUCUGUUUGUGAUUGGAGCUUACCUUCAGUUGGACCACUUAAGAUGGAUGUAUUACAUUCCAAAUGUGAUGUACUUGGAACUUCUGAAACAUUUAAUGAAUUAUCACACAAUACGUUAAGAUCAAAAAAGAGGUAUAUCCAUAGAAUGACUCUAAGCAGCCCUCUAGUUUUGAAAAAUUAUCUUCCAGAGUCUGUAUCAAUCACGAUAGAAAAUGGUGGUGUUACAAGUUCUGCGUUACUGUCAGAGGUGGAAAAUUCUUUUUUUCAUAUUGAUUCCUCACAUGACCUGACAAUUACGUUCCACUUGUGUGGAUUCAACCCUUCAAGUAUAAAAUUUCCACGUGCUGAAACAUUUGUAGAGACAGCUAAGUGCACUGGCACAAUAUUUUCUACGUGGGAUACAGUCACCUUUGAUUCUAUAUCAAGUUGUGGUCCUUUAUGUGUUACUGUUGAGAAGCUAAUGGAUGCAUUCUCUGGAGCCCGUGAACUGUGCAUUUCAGUUCCAUUUCUUCUUUAUAAUUGCACGUGGUUGCCACUUGUUGUAUCCAAUGCUGUCAAUGAGACAAAAGGACAUUACUGCAUUGUUCCUUCAUGUUAUGCUUUGGAUGAGAAAGACCUUGUCCCUAGCAAGAAGGAUGGACUUGGUCUCUUAUCACCUGAUCUUGAUUCUGAUAUAGCUCCUCUAGACAAUAGGUUGCCUAUAUCGGUAGACAGUCACCCUAUUACAAAUUCAAAUGAAAACAGAUCUGAAAAACAUUCCUGGCCAUUUCUCUCAUCUACAGUUGUGCAUCAGUAUUCACAUACUCAUAGUAUGUAUAGCCAAAAGUCUUCAACUUUAAAGAGUUGGUCAGGACCAAGCAGCCAAUCGAGUUUGAGGUCUUCUGAUUUGUUGGAAAAUGAAAGUGACAAGGUUAACUGCUGCAUGUUUUCUCCUGAUUCAAGUUUCUCUUCAGAUGAAACUGUAGUAAAGGUUUGUAGAUUCCUAUCUCCUUGCAUAACAAAUCAUGCCCCCUACUCUCAUUGGUCAAAUGCUUUUUCCCUUGUUCCGCCUACUGGUUCAACUUCUGUUAUUGUCCCACAACCAUCCAAGACUUCUGGCUAUAUAAUGUCUGUUAGUGCUACUGCUGCACCAUUCUCUGGGAGGACAAAGAUUAUCUCUUUUCAACCCAGAUACGUGAUCAGUAAUGCAUGCAAUAAGGAUGUGUGCUACAGGCAAAAGGGAACCAAUGAUAUUUUCUUCUUAGAGGCUGGAAAACAUUCUCAUAUUCAAUGGAUUGAUACAACAAGGGAAUUACUACUUUCAGUUCGGUUCGUUGAACCUGGAUGGCAAUGGUCAGGAUGCUUCUUGCCUGAACAUUUAGGGGAUACUCAGGUGAAAAUGAGAAACUUUGUUUCUGGCGCUGUUAAUAUGAUUCGUGUAGAAGUGCAAAGUGCCGAUUUCUCCAUUAGAGAUGAAAAGAUUGUUGGAAGCCCUCAGGGUAACUCUGGGACAAACCUUGUUCUUUUGUCAGAUGAUGAUACAGGCUUUAUGCCAUACAGAAUUGAUAAUUUUACAAAGGAGAGGAUUCGCAUUUACCAGCAAAAAUGUGAUGCUUUCGAAACAAUGAUUCACUCUUACAGUUCUUGCCCUUAUGCUUGGGAUGAACCAUGUUACCCACACCGUUUAACUAUUGAGGUUCCUGGUGAACGUAUCAUAGGAUCCUACACUCUUGAUGAUGUAAAGGACUAUGGGCAUGUUUGCUUAUCUGCAACUUAUGAGAAACCUGAAAGAACUCUGUGCAUUUCUGUUUGUUCUGAAGGAGCAACUAAGGUUCUCCGCAUCAUCGACUCAAGUUGCCAUGAUUUAAAUGAUUCAAGGGGCCUGCAUUUUACACAGUUGAAAGAUAAAGGAAAACAUGACCGGAAGCCUGAAUCUGCUACUCAUUUCAAUGAUAGGAUAGUGGUUGAUAUUCCUUUUGUUGGAAUCUCCUUGAUAAAUUCUUUGCCAGAGGAGUUGCUUUUCGCUUGUGCAAGGAACAUUACCAUUGUUUUCAAGCAGUCUCUGGAUCAACAAAAGGUGUCCUUGCAGAUUAUGUCGUUACAGAUCGAUAACCAGUUGCCUACUACUCCUUACCCAGUCAUCCUCUCUUUGGAUCAUAGGACUGGCGUUACCAGUAGUAGAGCUAUGAGAGAAACAACUCCUGAGAGCCAAGAACCUGCAUUCUCCAUGGAAGUAGCAACGUGGAGGAACAAAUAUCUUUCGUUGGUUUCAUUUGAAUAUAUUGGCCUAAGAGUGGCUGAAGUUCAUCUAGAAAUUGAUCAAGAAGUGGUUCUGAGAUUGCUUGAUUUCAUCAAGUCUGUUUCUUCAAGGAUGAAGGGAAGAGUGCUGCCCCAUAUGAGUCCAAGCCUCCCACUGAUACUUUCAGAUUUGGAAUCAGAUUUGUCCAUGUAUUCCUACUCUCUAGAUUUUGAAACUCUGAAAUCAAGUUCUAAACAGCAAUUCACCUUGCACAGUAGCUUGUAUCAUGAAAUUAGCAAGAGCUCUGUGCUGCCUUCAAUAACUCCUAUUGGUGCACCAUGGCAAAAGAUUCAUCUUCUAGCAAGAAAGCAGAAGAAAUUAUAUGUUGAAUUGCUUGAUAUGUCUUCGAUCAAACUGACUUUGAGUUUUUCUAGCAGUCCCUGGAUGCUUCAAAAUGGGGUCCUUACAUCUGGUGAAUCUCUUAUCCAUAGGGGUCUAAUGGCACUUGCUGAUGUGGAAGGAGCCCAAAUUCAUCUCAAGCAUCUGGUUUUGUCACAUCAGCUAGCCAGCUGGGAGUCCAUUCAGGAGAUUCUCAGUGAUCAUUAUAGUCGGCAGUUUCUUCAUGAAAUGUAUAAGGUGCUUGGUUCAGCCGGAGUGAUAGGUAAUCCCAUGGGGUUUGCAAGAAAUGUAACUCUUGGGAUCAAAGAUUUCUUGUCUGCUCCUUUACAAAGUGCUUUCCAGAGUCGUGCAGGACUUAUUACGGGUAUGGCGCAAGGCACAUCUAGUCUCUUCAGCAACACUGUUUAUGCAAUAAGUGAUACUGCCACUCAAUUUAGCAAGGCUGCGAAGAAGGGCAUCGUCGCAUUUACAUUCGAUGAUCACAGUAUAGCAAAUAUGGACAGGCCGCAGAAGAGAGUAUCUUCCAAUAGUAAAGGUGUGAUAAAUGAAUUACUAGAGGGUCUUACUGGUCUAUUGCAGUCGCCAAUAAAGGGGGCUGAGAAACAUGGACUCCCAGGAAUAGUCUCAGGCAUAGCCCUUGGAGUGACAGGCCUCGUGGCAAAACCCACGGCCAGUGUCCUUGAUGUCACCGGUAAAACAGCACAGAGCAUAAAGAAUUGGAGCAAGCGACUCCACAGUGGAAACCAACAACACUUUAGGGUUCGCCUUCCAAGACACCUAAGUAGGGAAUAUCCUCUGCGGUCGUAUUCUUGGGAAGAAGCAAUUGGGGCAUCUGUACUCCGAGAGGCGGACGACUGUUCUUCAAAUCUCAAAGAUGAAGCCCUAAUCAUCUGCAAUUCACUCAAAGAGGAAGGUAAAUUCGCAAUCAUUACCAAGAAACUCCUCUUGGUUGUGAGCAGCAAAAUCUUUGCAAACCUGGGUAAGCCGGAGCUUCAAGGGGUUCCAGCUAACCUGGAAUGGGUGAUAGAAACAGAGAUAGGGAUGGAUAGCAUCAUACACUUUGACCUUGAUGAACAGUCAGUGGUGCAUAUCGUUGGGAGCAGGCCCGAGAUACUUGUGAGGCAGAACCCGCAACGAAGAGGCCCAAGAAGGAACAAUGAUCCACAUGAUCCUCUCCCCUUAUUCCAGACUGACUUAGCGUUUGCAUCAAAAGAGAAGGCGCAAAACUUUCUAGGAACGCUAUCGUCAUCAAUCCACCGGACUAAAGAACAACAACGCCGGGGUCAUGGGCAUGUCUUACACCAAAGUAGCAUAAGGCAUAGAUUUUGAAGAAAGAAAAGUAGAGUAGGUUUUUUUUUCUGUUUUUUGUACAUAAUCAAGAUGAUGAAGGCUGUCACCACUGAUUGUCCAUAUUAAUUAUCAUUUUCAAGAUGCAUUUAGUACUCCCUCCUUUUAAGAGUAUUCGUCGAACUGAAAAUUUUGAUAAUCAAUUAAAUAAAAAUUGCUUUGCCUA